AUGUAUCCCAGUGUUUUGGAUGACAACAAACUUCUUACCUUACCCAAUGGUGAACGUCUGAAUUUACCACCGAAUGUACGAGUCAUGUUUGAAGUCGAGCAUCUUCGUUACGCCACACUAGCUACUGUCAGUCGUUGCGGUAUGAUUUGGUUUAGUGAAGAAGUUAUCGAUACCUCUAUGAUUUGCCGUCAUCAUCUCGAGAUCCUGGCUGUUGUACCAAUCGGUGCCGAUGAAGACGAAGCACUGGACUACGCUGCUGCUGGAGAUGCCAACAUCAUGAUCAACAGCCAACUGCAGUCGCAAAAGCAGAUUGUUACCAUUCUUGAGCCACAUUUCAAACCUAAUGGAUUGAUCACCUCUGCUCUCACAUUCGCUGGAAAUUGUCAGCACAUAAUGGCAUUCACCCCCAUUCGAGCCCUCAAUACCCUUUUUUCCCUUCUCAAAGCCACCAUCCGCAAUGUGCUCGAAUACAACACUCGUCACGCCGAUUUCCCUCUUGCCGCGGAUAAAGUGGAAUCAUACGUCACCCGAAGAUUACUUCUCAACGUGAUAUGGUCGUUCGUUGGAGAUGCUAAAUUAGAAAUCCGUGCGGAACUAGGAGAGCAUUUACGCGUUCAAUCGGGAAUCGAAAGUCCUGCAAUGGGUCCUGGUGCCUCACUCAUCGACUACGAUGUGGAUGUCGCUUCUUCUUCUUGGGUCCCAUGGCAAUCAAGAGUACCUACAGUAGAAGUGGAAACCCAUGCCAUCACUUCCGCCGAUGUGGUGAUUCCCACCAUCGACACUAUCCGACACGAAGAAGUUCUAUAUAGCUGGCUCGCCGAACACAAACCUCUUAUCCUUUGUGGUCCUCCUGGUUCCGGUAAAACCAUGACUUUAUUUAGUGCUUUACGCAAACUCCCAGAUCUUGAAGUGGUCGGCCUGAAUUUUUCCAGUGCAACAACUCCAGAACUCAUCCUCAAAACAUUCGAGCAGUACUGCGAAUAUCGAAAAACACCUAAUGGUGUUGUACUGGCUCCACAGCAGAUCGGCCGAUGGCUCGUUGUCUUCUGUGAUGAAAUCAAUCUUCCCGCAACAGACCAAUAUGGUACUCAACGGGUCAUUUCUUUCCUCCGUCAACUCAUGGAAUGUAACGGUUUCUGGAGAACAUCGGAUCUAGCCUGGGUUAAGAUGGAACGAAUACAAUUUGUUGGUGCUUGCAACCCUCCCACAGAUCCUGGUCGAGUACCUCUCAGUCAUCGAUUCAUGCGUCAUGCCCCCGUUGUCAUGGUUGACUAUCCUGGGGAGAUCUCUCUCAAGCAAAUUUACGGUACAUUCAACCGAGCUCUACUUAAGGUGGUUCCUACCCUUCGUGGUCAUUCGGAGGCCCUUACAGAUGCUAUGGUCGACUUCUACCUUGCUUCCCAGAAACGCUUCACCGCCGACAUUCAAGCUCAUUACAUCUAUUCUCCUCGUGAACUCACAAGAUGGUCUAGAGGUAUUUACGAGGCUAUCAAACCUCUUGAAACAUUAUCCGUAGAGGGAUUGGUUCGCGUUUGGGCUCAUGAAGCUCUUCGAUUAUUCCAAGAUCGAUUAGUAGCGGAAGAUGAGAAGGCCUGGACAGACGUGCAAAUCGAUUCUACCGUUGAGAGACAUUUCCCAAGUGUAAAUCUAGAAGAAGCCCUUGCUCGUCCCAUCCUUUAUUCUAACUGGACAUCGAGAAACUAUAUCCCAGUCAAUCGAGAACAGCUUAGAGAAUACACCAAAGCCAGACUGAGAGUUUUCCAUGAAGAAGAAUUAGAUGUCCAACUAGUCCUAUUUAACGAUGUGCUGGAUCAUGUUCUAAGGAUUGAUCGUGUCUUCCGACAGAUUCAAGGUCACUUGUUACUUAUUGGUGUUAGCGGUGGUGGAAAGACUACCCUGUCUCGAUUCGUCGCCUGGAUGAACGGUCUGAGUAUUUAUCAGAUUAAGGUUUCUAACAAAUAUACCGGCGCCGACUUCGAUGAAGACCUUCGAAUCGUUCUUCGACGCGCGGGAUGUAGAGGAGAGAAGAUUUGUUUCAUCAUGGACGAAUCAAACGUACUUGAUUCCGGAUUCCUCGAAAGAAUGAACACCUUACUAGCUAAUGCUGAAGUACCUGGUCUCUUCGAAGGAGAUGAACAUGCUGCUCUUAUGACAGCUUGUAAAGAAGGAUCCCAAAGAGAUGGCCUAAUGCUCGACUCACAUGAAGAGCUAUAUCGAUGGUUCACUCAGCAAGUGGCAAGAAACUUACAUGUUGUCUUCACGAUGAACCCACCUGCCAAUGGGCUCGCUACUCGAGCUGCGACGUCACCUGCACUAUUCAAUAGAUGCGUGCUUGAUUGGUUCGGCGAUUGGACUGAUCAAGCGCUAUAUCAAGUAGGAUUCGAAUUCACUCAAACACUCGAUCUGGAUAUGGCAUCUUACUCACCUUCUUCCCCAUUCCCUAUUGUCUACCGUGAUCUUGUGGUGCCUCCAUCUCAUAGACAAGCUGUGGUGAACGCCAUGGUUUACGUCCACCAAUCCAUGCAGAGCAUAACAAACAAAUUGGCAAGGAGACAAGGGAAAUACAAUCACAUCACUCCCCGACACUUCCUUGAUUUCAUCAAUCACUACGUUCGAUUGUUCAAUGACAAGAAAGAAGAGCUGGAGGAACAACAACGACACCUCAACGUUGGUCUGGACAAGCUGCAAGAUACCGUCAGUCAAGUCGAAGAACUUCGUCACAGUCUUGCUGCCAAAAACUCUCAAUUGGAAGCCAAGAACGCUGAAGCAAACCAAAAGCUCAGACAAAUGGUUACAGAUCAACAAGAAGCUGAAGCGAAGAAAGCCGCUUCCAUAGAAAUACAAGCUGCUUUAGAGCAACAAGACGACUACAUUCAACAACGUCAAGAAAUUGUAAAGGAAGACCUCGCUCAAGCUGAACCUGCAGUUUUAGAAGCUUUAGCUGCAGUUGGAAAUAUCAAGAAACAACAUUUAUCCGAAGUCCGUUCAAUGGCUAAUCCACCAGAAGCUGUCAAGCUUGCCAUGGAAUCCGCUUGUUCCGUUCUUGGUUAUCAAAUAGAUAGUUGGAGAAGUGUUCAAGGGAUUAUCAGAAGAGAUGAUUUCAUUUCAAGUAUACAAAACUUCGAUACCCAGAAGAUGACCAAGACUAUCCGGGACAAAAUGAUGCGAGAUUAUAUUGGUAAACCAGCUUUCAACUACGAAACUGUCAAUCGAGCCAGUAGAGCUUGUGGACCUCUUGUUCAGUGGGUUAUCGCUCAAGUGCGAUUCUCGGAGAUUCUCGACAAGGUAGCUCCUCUUCGACAGGAAGUCGCGUCUCUCGAGCAACAAGCUGAAAACACGAAGAAACAAGCCCAAGUUGUAACUGAUACCGUAGAAGAACUUGAAGCAUCGAUCGCACAGUACAAAGAGGAAUACGCCCUUCUCAUCAGUGAGACCCAAUCAAUAAAGAGCGAGAUGGACAGAGUUCAGAGUAAAGUUGAUCGAAGUAUGAUGCUACUACAGAGUUUAUCUUCAGAACAAGAACGAUGGGAUGCCGGAAGCAAAACAUUCGAGACUGAAAUGGGAACUAUUGUAGGGGAUAUCAUGAUCUCCGCUGCUUUCCUUGCAUACAGUGGUUUCUUCGAUCAACACUACCGAGAACUUAUGAGGAGAGAGUGGAUGGACCACCUCUCCGAAGCUGGUAUCAAAUUCAAGCCCGAUCUCGGUUUAUCCGAAUUCUUAUCUACUGCCGAUCAGAGACUUGCUUGGCAGGCGAAUGCCCUUCCCGCCGACAAUCUCUGUGUCGAAAACGCAGUCAUGCUCAAUAGAUACAACCGAUAUCCACUUAUCGUCGAUCCUACUGGUCAAGCUGCUUCUUUCCUUCAGAACGAAUACAAAGAUCGAAAGAUUACCGUUACCAGUUUCUUAGAUGAAGCGUUCCUGAAGAACCUCGAAAGUGCUUUGCGAUUUGGUAACCCAUUGCUCAUUCAAGACGUGGAAAACCUUGAUCCGAUCCUCAAUUCGGUUCUGAACCGAGAACUACGACGUACCGGUGGUCGAGUUCUCAUCCGAAUUGGUAACCAAGAUAUCGAUUUUUCUCCUGCGUUUACCAUGUUCCUCGCGACUCGAGAUCCCUCUGUCGAGUUUUCACCUGAUAUCUGCAGUCGUGUAACUUUCGUCAACUUCACCAUGACUCGAAGCAGUUUACAAACGCAAGCUUUGGAUAAAGUACUCAAGGUCGAACGACCGGAAAUCGAUCAAAAGAGAACAGAUCUGAUGAAAUUACAAGGUGAAUUUAGACUACGACUGAGACACCUCGAGCGAUCCUUGCUGCAAGCUCUUAACGACUCGUCUGGAAGCAUACUUGAUGAUGACAAGGUUAUCGAGACAUUGGAAAUACUCAAGAGAGAAGCAGCAGAAGUCACAAGAAAGGUCGAAGAUACUGACGUGGUCAUGCGAGAAGUCGAAACUGUUACCGCUGAGUAUCUACCACUUGCUCAAGCUUGCAGUGGAAUCUACUUUACGCUGGAACAGCUUGCAGACAUCCAUCAUUUCUACCAGUUCUCACUCGAUUAUUUCCUCGAGAUUUUCGAUUACGUCCUGUUGCAAAAUCCUAAUCUUAAGGGCAUCGCUGAUCUCCAAGCAAGGAAGAGGAUCUUACUCAAGGACAUAUUCCUUGUCGCCUUCCAAAGAACUUCUAGAUCCAUUCUCCACGCCGAUCAUUUGGUCUUAGCUAUCGCUCUGGUCAAACUCAGACUACGCGGUGAUACCGGUGAAGCGGUCUUGAACGAACUUGACGCUGUACUGGAAGUGCCCAUCGAUGGCUCAAAAGUUGAGCUACGGUUGAACCCAGAGCAAAAGAGGAGCUUGAAUAGUUCUAUUGGAAUAGAAGCGACAAGGGUUUUGAACAACGACUUAGUAGAGAACGCUAAGAAUUGGAAGCAAUUCAUGCUAUCGACAACUCCUGAGGAAGCGAUACCAUGGCCAUGGCCUGAAACAGAUAGUCUUCUUGUUGCCGCAAGACGAAUAACCAUCAUCAAGCUCUUCAGACCUGAUCGACUCGUUCAAUCCCUAGCAUCGUUUGCCGAUCUUGCAUUCGGCUCGGACCUGGUGACACAAUCCGAUUACGACCUCCAAACAGUCGUCGUCAACGAGGUCGAUUCAACACAUCCCAUGGCCCUCGCAUCUGUUCCGGGCUACGAUGCAAGUUACCGAAUCGAUACUUUGUGUCGAACAGCUGGCACAACAUGUACUUCAGUAGCUAUGGGUUCAGCAGAAGGUUUCACUCAUGCAGAUCAAGCCAUAGCCAACGCUGCUCGAGUAGGGUCAUGGGUAUUGCUCAAAAACGUUCAUCUCGCACCUGGCUGGCUAGCACAGCUUGAGAAACGAUUACACAGCUUGUCACCAAAUCGCAACUUCCGAUUGUUCUUGACCAUGGAAACCAACCCAGUCAUUCCCGUUAAUAUCCUUCGACAAUCUAGAAUCAUCAUGAAUGAGCCCCUUCCCGGUGUCCGGGCGAACCUCCUCGACACAUUGAAAAGUAUUCCUCACGCUCGAACCACCUCAGGUCCUGCCGAGAAAUCAAGAUUGUUCUUCCUACUGGCAUGGUUCCAUGCUAUUGUACAAGAACGACUUCGAUAUCUUCCACUAGGCUGGAGCAAAGGAUAUGAAUUCAAUGAUUCCGAUUUUGAAGCCGCACUUAAUACAAUCGACUCUUGGCUUACUGCUCUCGCGAAGGGUAAAGCGAAUGUGGAUCCGGCACAAAUUCCUUGGAUAGCAUUGAGUACGCUUAUCAAACAAGCUGUAUAUGGUGGGAGAGUCGAUUCCGACUAUGAUCAGCGGAUCGUGGAUGCUUUCGUCGAUAGGAUCUUCACCGCUCGAGCAUAUGAUCCAGAUUUCAAGCUAGUUGAACAUGCGGAUGUAGGAUUGGUAGUACCUGAAGGCACGAAAAUGGAACAUUUCGUUCGAUGGGCUGAGGCUCUACCCGAAAGAGAGCCUCCUGCUUGGUUGAGCUUGCCCGGUGCAUCCGAAGGAUUGGUCGCAGCUGCCGAAGGGGAAGCAAUAACAGUGAAAUUGAGAAAGAUGAGGACGACAGAUGAUGAGGACGACGAAGGCGGACCCGUUGCAGGAUCAGCGGGUAGACCAGCAUGGAUGAAUACUCUGAAAGGACAUGCUAAAGAGUGGUUAGCAUCUCUACCCGAAACUGUCACUGCACCAACAAAUGACAUUUCACCUCUGUCGCGAUUCUUCGCUCGGGAAGCAUCCACUGGAUCUAAACUUCUCCAACGAGUUCGACGCGACUUAUCUGAACUCAUUGAUAUCUGCAAUGGUGAUCUCAAACAGACGAACGAAUUACGCGCACUAAUGUCAGAUCUCAAUAAAGGCACUGUCCCGUCUCAUUGGAAAAAGUACAAAUUGCCUAACGGUACGGCUGUUGCUCAUUAUAUAUCAAAUCUUGCCGAAAGACUUCGGCAGAUAGCAAGUACAGUCAACGGAGUUCGAGGAGACGGAGGAAUUUGGUUAGGUGGAUUAUUCCAGCCUGAAGCUUAUAUAACCGCUACCAGACAAAGUGUAGCUCACGAUAAAGGUUGGUCAUUGGAGCAAUUGGUUCUAAAUAUGGACAUCGAAGGAAAAAACCAGGAAGGAACAUUCGCUAUUCGAGGUUUGACCCUUCAAGGAGCAUCCUGGUCAUCCGAUCAACUCAUCCUCAACGAAGGUCAACCGGUCUCUCUUGGCAUCUCACAGAUCGUCUGGCAACGUCGAGAUCAGGUUUCAUCGAAGAAUGCUAAUACGGUGAAUUUACCUGUAUACCUCAAUGGAGACAGGAGUGAUGUUCUCUUCAGCGUCGAUUUGAACCUGUAUGGUGGAAAUCAAGCUUUAGCAGCACAAAGAGGUGUGUGCUUGACCACCGUAUAG